UAGCUAUAUGAAAUCAAUGUGUAUGGCUCAUCCGCUCAACUGACAAAAACGUUUGCCACUACAUUUGUUUGAAAGAAACGUGUUUGCCUGAUAGGGCUGUACAUUUUCCAGCUAGUUUGCUAGAUGUCAUCCAAAAAUUCUAACAUCAGUUCGUCAAAGGUGGGAAGGUCUCGGGCGAGGUACCCUACAGACGAUGGACUGACGCCUAAGAUCAGCUCUAAAGGUUCGUUGGUGGACACAGAGAGCGACCUUAAGCCUGUGCUUAAUGCCAAAGUAGAGAGACUUCAGAGAGAGAAUGCCAGGCUGAAGGAGGAGCUGGAGGACUGGCGGGUCCAGUAUCACCAGCUCCUGGAAGAGGAGAAGGAGGAGGUGUUUGAGAAGAGAAGAGUCAAUCUACUGAAGGCCCAAGUGAUGCAACUGGAGAGACAGGUUGUUCUGUUGUCUGAAGGGUUGAGUUCCCAGAUGAGUCGCUGUGUCGAGGUGGAGAAGGCUCUCGAACCCCUAACAGAAAGACUCAGGUCUCUGCUGAGUGUGGACAGCCCCUCUGCAGAAGUCUCCAUAGCUCGAGCCAAACUCACCCAGCUCAUUGAGAUGUGUGCAGACGUCAGGCAGAAACUGCACAGGAAUAAUACGGUGAAGACAGUGGAGAACCUGUCCAUGCCUUGGAUCCUGCCCAAGAGGAACCUGGUCAGAGAGCCCAUCACCCUGCUGGAUCUGUGCUAUGGGAAGACUGAUAACUUAAACCUUCAGCAUGUGAGCACCCUGGAGUCACAGCUCAGCCAGCUGUUCAAACACCUGCAGGGGAUGAGGCAGAGCCUGGGGCUCCUGCUGGCCCCGGGCCCCCCACCGCCCGACCCCGCCGGCCCCGCCCGCCCGACCCCCCAGGCCCAGCGGCUGCUCCCCCACGCAGUCUACGCCCGGCUGCUGAACCAGGCCACACACUGCAGCCGCACCCUGGACCACUGCUGCCCCGACCUCCUGACCCUGUCUCUGAUCCUGCCCUCCACACCCUGGCCCAGCGAACAGCAGCAGCAGGUGACCCAGGCUCUGAGUGCUCAAGCCGUGCUCUCCGUCCUGCCCUCGUUCCCCCGCGGGGCCCCCCAGCAGAGGGCCAGGAGGGCGGCCCAGGCCAUCGCCCGAGCUGCUAAUUACCAAGCCCUCAUCGCCCGGCAACAGGUGGAGGCGUUGGAGGCGGAGCUGGAUUUCCACCGCUCGCUGUACAGCCUGCAGGUUCAGCACGCCGAGGGGCUCCUCACCGCCAUACGCCAGGCCUACCGGGCCUUCCAGGACAACGUGUCGCAGACCCUCUGCUCCCCGCUGCAAGACGUGCUGUCCUGUUACGAGGGUCUGAAGAGCUGUGCGUCUGAGCCUGCGCUCCGGGCGUUCCUGACGGCCUUUAAGGCCAGCGCCCCUCAGAUCCAGGAGGCAGUGGAGGCUCUUGACCCGGCGAAGAACCAAGGAGAGGAGGCGCUGUCUCAGUACGGGAGGGAGUUCUUCCUCUCGCUGGAGGAGCUGCAGAGGAGGUGUGAGGAGCAGAGGGAGCGAUCGGCCGCAGAGCUGCAGCUCCACAGACAGGAGGAGGAGGAGGUGCAGGAGAGCCUGCGGGCGUUGAGGAGGAGGAAGAGUCAGGAGGAGGCGGCCAACUUGAGUGAGAGAGGGAGGGGCCAGGCCUCUGAAACAUCCGCGGUACCGCCAAAGCUGAGCUCGCCCGAGACACCCCCCCUGGCCAACCCCCCCUCCCCCGCUAACUCCAGGACGGGUCUAUCCAAGCAGCCCCGGGUCACACAGAGGCCAACCAAUCACAGGCUGGGAAAGAGCCCCCCAGGGAGAAAAAGCAUGAAUCCCAGGCCGGAGUGGCAGAGCUAGCAGCCGACAUCAUUGGGAAGGGGGUUUGAGUGGUGGGGAGGGGGUCUCACACAGAGACAGAGCCCUGUCAUGUCCUCAGAGAAGUGGGACACAGAGCCCAGCUCACAGACAGGAGAGAGACACUGGAGUUAAUAGCACAGAGCUCUCUCUCCUUUCUUAUCUCUCCCUCCCUCCCUCCCUCUCUCCCUGUCCUGGCGUGGGGUAGCCCAGCUCGCUGCUGUGCGGAAAUGAGCAGCAUUAGCGGCCUUGUUUCCUGGUGUCAGGCAGAGUCCAGGUCUAUUUAUACCGGCCCUGCCCCGCCGCGCUGGGGGCUGUUACAGCCCCUCAGCUGAAUUAAACAUGCAGGUGUGCUGCUUUUACAGUCGGGCAGAGCCACUCUGUUCUGCUGCAGGACCCCAAGGCCACAUUAAUGAUUUAAACUCUCCGUCCCUGUGUGUGAGCUAAUUACCCCCCAGCAGCACUGACGGACCAGUCACUUACCGCACGCCUGUCUUUCCCGGGGGCACAUACUCGCGUGCACACUCCUCACACACGGACAGACAUACGCACACACACGUAUCUAAACAAGCCGGGUUUCUUUUUACAAUGUGCGAAUAUGGAAAAUAUUUCCUUUGUGUAUUUUUUGUGAGAGAAAAUGAUUAGAUGUGACACACCUGGAUAACCCAACCCGGCACACACACCUCAGCCACGUUCUGCGUGAUAUCAACUGAAUGUUCUUAUGACAGCCUCCAUCAUAUGUAUCUAAAGACGCAGCUGUUUAUGGACUUGCACAAUGCCACAUUUAUGUUAUUUUGUACUUGAGUUUUUCUCCCUGUACUCAGUUGACCUCUUUCAUUUGUUUUAAGUGAGCACUGCCCUUUUCCUAUUAAAAUUCAAAUGUUAA